AGAAGAAGCCAUUGAGCUAUUCUUUCCCUGGGCGAGCACAAUCAAUUCAGUUGUUGUUCAUUUUUCUAUAGAAUAAGUGCGUGUUUUCUUCUGAAAUUUUCAAGUAAAUGCGUGUUUUAUGGGUUUUAGCCAUGUGAAUUGAAUCAGUCUUUUCGAGAGUUGGGAAAUGAUGAGAGUUUGUAUCAGAGGCUCGUAAUUGACGUGCUGUGCUGAGUAUUGAUCAUUUUGCACGUCAGUCUGAUCCCUUUUAAGUGCGUUUUGUUUUUGUUAUUAGUCUUUACUGCUACGUUUAUAUGUCAUUCGGAUGCUUUUUGUUCUUCAGAUGUGGCUCUCGUAUUGGGUUCUUUUGAAAAUCGAAAUAGAUUGGAUAAAACUCGCACUUUUGACUGCCAAUUUCGAUACGAAAUUACUAAUGAGUGGCUAAUCCUAAUCGUCAAUGCAAUUCGACACCAGUUUAGGCUUUUAGAUGUUCCGGCUAAGCUUCCUUGACUAUUCAUGUGGCUAUACUUUUUUAUAGUUUUAUUUCAAACACUGAUUUUUGUUCCCAGAAAUUUGGAUUCAUAUGAUGGUUUGAGUACGGAGUAUAUUAUUCAAUCCCAUUGUUUCACGUUUAAUUAAUUUUCUGGGGGCGGGUACCUAAACUCGUAAAAUCAGUGUUAAUUUAGUCCACUUGUGCAUUAGGCAGUUUAAAACGCUGUGUUGGCAAUUAUUAAGCAAUAGUGUGUACAGUGUGGAUUGCUAGUCAGCAUCCAAAUGUGCGUGCGCAUAUUGUUCUGGGGUAGAAUCUGGUGGGAUCAGGCACACGGACAUCGUAGAUGUCCCACGGUGCCUUCUCGAUUGUGAAUCGCAUGACGUUCUCCAUCUCCGGUUGGUUGAGCCUAAAUGACACCCUAAAAAUGCUUUCCCAUUCUUCCUCGUUCUACUCCGGUGACUUCCUCCAGCGGCUUCUCAUUCGACGGAUCGCUAGAAUAUUCACUCGUAAUUUACAUAAUGUAGUUUGCAAAGGAGAUGCCAGAAAAAUAUUCCCGUGUUAUACUUCCUCUAUUUUUAAAUAAAUGCAACGGUCAAUAUUUUACACUUGUCGAGACACAACUUUGAUCAUUAAUAUAUAUAAAUUUAUAUUAUUAAAAAAAUUAAAAAAAAUAGAUAUUGAAAAUUUACAAUGAGACAAAUUUAACAAUAUUUUUUUCAUAAAAAUAUAUUCAUACAUUAAUAAAUAAAACGUAGUUAAAGUAGAACAUGUGAAUAGUGUAAAAUUCCAUAUGUUGCAUUUAUUUAAGAACGGAUGUAGUAUUUACUACUAUUACGUCCGUGAACCAUAAAAAAUGGGAUGGAGUUCCGAUGUCCAGAAAAUGCUCCAAUCUAGGGCUAGCAAUCGCCAUCUUCCUUUUCCAGUCCUCUUUCAUCACAACAGCCAAAAUUGAAAAAUUGAGAUUGGAGAACGAAGAUAGAUUACUCUACGAUGGAAUAUUACGAGGAAUUGAAAGCGGAAACCAAACUGACCUUGACGAAGCAUCAGGAAUGGAGCUCCGAGCUCCGAUGUCCAAAAAAUGCUCAAAGGGCCACAUUUAUGGUUGUCGAACUAUCAGAGUAUCAGGUACAAGGAUGAUGAGUGUUUUUUUAGUUUUUUUUGCCAUGUCACUAAUCAGUUUUCCAACUCUGCAUUUUAAACUGACUAAUACAUGAGUGAACUAAAUUAGCACUAAUUUUACGAGUUUAGGUACCUCUCAGUCACACUUACACUAUCAAGUACUCUUUACUCUCCUAUUUAUGGUUGUCGAACUAUCAGAGUAUCAGGUACAAGGAUGAUGAGUGUUUUUUUAGUUUUUUUUUGCCAUGUCACUAAUCAGUUUUCCAACUCUGCAUUUUAAACUGACUAAUACAUGAGUGGACUAAAUUAGCACUAAUUUUACGAGUUUAGGUACCUCUCAGUCACACUUACACUAUCAAGUACUCUUUACUCUCCUGCUCCCAAUUUGAUAUAUUCAUCUGAAACUUUCCUUCAUUUCAUCUCUUAGGUUCUUUUUAGAACCAACACAAUUAUUUAGAAGGAUAUAUGUUGAGCGUUGAGUUCACACUUGUGAAAAAAGAAUGAUUUUUAAUCAUAAAUCAUUGUUUAAAUCUCUUCCUUGUGUCACUCUUUAUUAGGUGAACUAUGAACGCAUGACUUAUGUAACACUGAUAUGAGUAUGCGGAAACGGGUGCGGGAUACGACAAAAAGGAGUCUCUAUAAAUAGACUAUAGAUCAUAAUUUCAUAUAAGAGGAGUCUCUAUAAAUACACUAAAGCAUUCAAUUUUUUACGAUAACUUUUUAAUCUUACAAUCCUUGCAUAUUAAAGGCAAAAUGGCAGGCAUAAACAAAAACAGAUUUUGUGAGGUGUUGAAAGACAAAUGGAGUUAUUUUCUUGAUUAAUGUUGAAAAAACAAUUAUUUAUCAAAUUAGUGUUGUGUUAAAAAAUAUUUACCAAAAUAUUGCUGCAUUAACUAUGGUUAGGAGAAAAGUUAUUUCAAGUGGCGACUUUUUCUUGAAAUACGCGCAUGCGAAUUGGAACAAAUGGGAAGUGGAAUGAAGCAAUUGCGCAAGAGAGAUUAUAUGUGGGGCCCCAAUUCAAAAAUGCCUCUGCUCUGCGCGCUUCCUACACUACUGUGCGCACCCAUUUUUUGUCAAAUUUGGACAAGUUUGUCCGUAGUCAAUUGCUCAUGCCGCUUAUAAUGUGCUAGGCGCACCACGUGAUUGCAAGCAUCUCUUGAUUUUCAAUUUUAAUGGGCCUCAUUGAUUUUUGUGAAUCAUCUUUAUUCUGGUCAUAUUUAUGUAAUUAUUUCUUGAUUUUUAUUAUGGAAUCCUCGGAUCACAAGAGUCGUGUAACAAUUUGACACCUAUUCUCCCUCCAAUAAUUUGCUUUGGCCAACUUUCCUUUUUUUUUUAAUAAAAUGUUACUAGUAUAACUUUUCCAAUUUUGCUCAUAUUUUUAUAAAAAGUAUAUCAAAAUAAAUAGUUUUUUAUGAU